UCCUCUCGCGGCUUCCUUUCCGUGAGCAAGGCGGCACUUGGAGCAAUAUUAUUAAUUUUUCAGCGUGGUUGCCUUCCUGAGCCGGCAAGAUGAGUGAGACCAGUGCCGUGGUGGAGAAAUCCCUGCGGUCUGUGUUUGUGGGAAACAUUCCGUAUGAGGCGACAGAAGAGAAAUUAAGAGAUAUAUUUAGUCAAGUUGGCCCAGUGCUGUCGUUCAAGCUUAUGUAUGAUCGAGAAAGUGGGAAACCGAAGGGGUAUGGUUUCUGCGAGUACAAGGACCAGGAAACAGCUCUCUCGGCAAUGAGGAACUUAAAUGGAUAUGAGAUUGGAGGGCGACCUUUGAGAGUUGACAACGCUUGCACUGAGAAGUCAAGGAUGGAGAUGCAGAGUUUAAUGAUGGGUCCGGUAGUGGAGUCGCCCUACGGAGCAGAAGUGGAGCCGAACAAGGCCCCGGAAGCGAUCAGCAAUGCCGUCGCCUCUCUCCCGCCGGAGCAGAUGUAUGAACUGAUGCGGCAGAUGAAGCUGUGUGUGAAGAACAACCCGCAGGAGGCUCGGACCAUGCUCAUGAACAAUCCGCAGCUGGCAUAUGCUUUGUUGCAGGCGCAGGUUGUGAUGCGAAUAAUUGACCCCAAAACAGCCGUACAGAUCCUUCACGGGGCACGGGAAGGCAUGGACGCUAUCCUCCCCACCACCGGGACCGCCCCCCCUCCUACCAUCCUACCCACCCCAUCGCAGGCCCCCAGCUAAGCGGGGGCCCCCAUACCCCCACCGACAUCAGGACCCCCUCCCCCGUCGAACCUCCCCACCAGGUACCCUCCUCCCAUGGCUGCUGGGCCGGGGAGCUUCCAGGGACCACCGCCUGGGCCGCCACCCCCUCGUGGACCCCCAUUCCAAGGGGGUGAUUUUGACAUGAGGCAGUUGGGGGUUGGCCCGCGUGGCCCCCCUCCCUCCGGCAAUGACCAGGACAUGAGGCUGCCUCCCCCUGGCAUGGGUGGACCCCCUCCCCCACAUGAGAACUAUGGGAGUGGACCUCACCAUGACUAUGACAACAGGCAAGCCAAGGAAACAGAAGGAAACGAUCGAUUCCAGCGCGAUCCACGGGGGGAGUUUGUGGACCAGAGGGGGGAGCAGAGGUUCAGGGAGCCCCCCCCACCCCCUCGCGACUCCAGGGACACCUUCCCCCCCAGGACCGACCCCAGAGAUGUCAGGGACAGAGACCGCGACCGCAGCUACAGGGACAGCCGGGGGUCAGGGGGCGACGGGGGGGGUCGUGAGGCAUCCAGGGACCCACGGGGCAGCGACAGGGACUACAGGAGCAACCCCGCCCCCGCCCCAGCCCCGCCAGCCCAAGAGAGCCGUGAUCCCAGAGCUUCAAGGGCCUCCUACCCCCAGGACAAAGAUUUCCGCAGUGGUACCAGCGCCCCCCUCCCUCCUAUGGGCGGCCCGACUCAGGCCCCCCCAAGAGGUGUGCCAGCCCCCCCCAGCACCUCCUCCUCCCUACCCACCAGUCUGGCCGGGCAGGAUCAAGAGAAGGCCAGCCUCAUCAUGCAAGUUCUACAGCUUUCCGACGAACAGAUUAAGAUGCUGCCCCCAGAACAGCGUGCCUCAAUCCUGCAGCUGAAGGAGCAGAUACAGCGUUCACAGCAUUGAACGGGGUAGUGGUGGUGGUGGUGGUGGUGGUGGUGGUGGUAGGCAGUAGCAGACUUGUUGUACUGUUGUGUGGAGAGAGAGAGAGAGAGAGAGAGAGAGA